AUGAGCGGCAGAGGCAAAACCGGUGGUAAAGCCAGAGCAAAGGCUAAGACUCGUUCAUCUAGAGCCGGACUUCAGUUUCCUGUCGGCCGUGUUCACAGACUUCUUCGCAAGGGUAACUAUGGAGAGCGCGUCGGUGCUGGAGCUCCAGUUUAUCUCGCCGCUGUGCUCGAGUAUCUUACUGCUGAGAUCCUGGAGUUGGCCGGAAACGCCGCUCGUGACAACAAGAAGACUCGCAUCAUUCCCCGCCAUUUACAGCUGGCAGUGCGUAACGACGAGGAGUUGAACAAACUCUUGGGUCGCGUGACCAUCGCUCAGGGCGGUGUGUUGCCCAACAUUCAGGCUGUGUUGCUGCCAAAAAAGACCGAGAAGCCCGCUAAGGCAAAGUAAACCUAGUUUGACCAAGAAUGAAACAAAGGCUCUUUUAAGAGCCACCCACUUUAACUAUAAAAAGAGUGAAACCCGUUUUAUUGUAUAGAUUAUGCAUGUGUGUUAUAACGUUAAAGCAUUUGCAAAGCGAGAUGCUUUAAGAAAUAUCCAUGCUUGAGUUGAUUUAAGCAGGGGUUUUCAA